ACUUAAAAUAUGAUUGGGGAUGACCAGUCCUAAUAAAAGUAUUAAGGAUUGUUCAGACAUUAUCUGCAAAAAAUAUCAGCAAGGUUUUUCGUCUCGCCUGCAUAGCAGAGCAAGACUAUAGGCGGCGCUUUUCCGAUGGCGGCGGCGACGGCGGCGUCGUCAACAUUGAAAUCUUAACCAAGGUUAAAGUUUUGAAAUGUCAUCAUAACUUAGAAAGUAUAUGGACCUAGUUUAUGAAACUUGGACAUAAGGGUAAUCAGGUAUUACUGAACAUCCUACCUGAGUUUCAGGUCAUUUGACCAAGGUCAAAGGUCAUUUAGGGUCAAUGAACUUAGACCAUGCUGGGGGAAUCAAUAUCGAAAUCUUAACCAAGGUUAAGUUUUUGAAAUGUCGUCAUAACUUCUAAAGUAUAUGGACCUAGUUCAUGAAACUUGGACAUAAGGAUGAUAGUGUAUAACUGAAGAUCCUACCUGAGUUUCAGGUCACAUGACCAAGGUCAAAGGUCACUUAGGGUCAAUGAAUUUGACCAUGUUGGGGGUAUUUGAGGAAUUGUCAUCAUAACUUUGACAUUUUAUGGAUCUAGUUCAUGAAACUUAGAUGUAAGAGCAAUUAAGUAUCCCUGAACAUCUUGUGCAAGUUUCAUAUCACAUGAUCUAGGUCAAAGGUCAUUUAGGGUCAACGAACUUUGGUAAUGUGGGGGGUAUUGGUUGAAUUAUCAUAACUUUAAAUUUAUAGAUCUAGUUCAUGAAACUUAGGACAUUAGAGUAACCGUGGAUCCCUGAAUAUAUUGUGCUUGUUUGGUCACAUGACCAAAAUCAAAGGUCAUUUAUGGUCAAUGAACUUUGGCCGUGUUGGGGGUAUUUGUUGAAUUUGCAUCAUAACUUAGAAAGUGUAUGGAUCUACACAUGUAGUUCAUGAAACAUAGACAUUGAAAAUCCGAAAAUCGAUAUUUUAUUGUUCGAAAUAGACAUGAAAUGAAAUACUCCGAAAAUUUGCUUUGCCCAAUUGAUCGUGGGCCCGGCAGCCGCUGUGCAGCGCCAGAUCGACGAGGCUCUAUCCCUUUAAUCAUUGAACGCCAAACAGAGUAGCAGCAACUCCCAUCUUUUAACGUCUUUUGGUCUGACGCGGCCGGGGUUUGAACCCCCGACCUCCCGGUUGUGAGACGGACGCUCUACCAACUGAGUCAACGCACUGGCAUAAGGGAUAUCAAGUAUAAAUGAUUGUUUUGCACAUGUCUUAGGUCACAUGAUCAUGGUCAAAGGUCAUCUUGGGUCAAUGGACAUAGUAUUCUUUUGUGAAUACCUGUUUUCAAAGUCAGCUCUGCUGCUAUAUCGAAUUGCGUAAUGCAGGCGAGACUGCCAGAGGCGUUCCACUUGUUUUAUCUACAAAAUCAAUAGGGUAUGAGGCAUCGGACUAAAGUGUGUAAUGUGUGUUUAUUGCAUAUUUGCGAGGCAAUAUGUGGCACCAUAUUUUAACACUGAAAAAUAACAUUCCGAGUAUUGUCUGUUUAUAUCUGAACAAGGUUUUGAGAUGAAGGACCUACAAUGUUAUUUUAUUUAUCACAUGUACGCAAUAAUAGAAAUUUUAGCAUUACCUCACAUUUAAUAUCUUUGAAACAGUCUAAGCAUCAGCAGCUAGCCCAUCAAAUGUGUUUUAGCAAUGACUGAUGGAUGAAAUGUGCAAAAAUAUGAACCUUAGCCGUAGUCUUGUCAUGCCAAGCUCUGAUGAUAUUCUUCAACUUCUAUCUGUCUCAUUUGUAUCCCUUAGUUGCAAUAAACCAGGCUUUGCACCAGAUAUUUAUAUAAGUGCAAUCAAAGUGACUAGAUAUGUUCACACCUUUAUUCAUUACUGUUUUUGCAUUUAACAUUUCAAAUGUUUUUUACUACCUUUUUAUACAAAAUGUCUAAAUGAUACGGCUAGUAAUGUAAUAAUGAUCAUAAUACUCUAACAAGGUUUCAAUAAUAAGAGUACAACAGAGAUGUCACAAAGUUCAGAAGAUAUAUAUGUAGAAAUAAAAUGAAGCCCAUUGUUUUUUUUUUCUUUUUAUUAAGAAUGUACAGAGUGACUGAAUUCCAAUAUGUGAAAUUUUUUAAAGUAAUAUUUAUUCUCUUAGAAUAAUUAUGCACAAUUUGUACAAAAUAUAUUGCUUUAUUUUACACAAAUAUUCUCAUUCAAUAUAGUUAUAUAUUUAUUGUGACUAUAUGAUUUUCCUUACUAAUAUUUUUAAUUUUCUUAGCUCUGGUCAUUGUUUCACAUGUUUUAUUGACUGUAGAGAAUAUAAAAACAGAUGAUUAUUCUUUACCUUUAGACAAUGCUAUACAAAGUGAUAUAGGUAAUAAUCAGAAAUAUUGCAUACGCCAAAUAACCUGAAACAUAGUUUAAAAUGUAUGUACAUAUAUUAAUACUGCCACUGACACAUUGCCAAUUUGUGAUACUUAUUUGUUAACAUUUGUUUGUAAAUAAAUAUCUGAGACACUUUCAAGACUUGGCAAUAAAUAUAUUUUCAAUCAUUUGUAUAUAUGAAGAAGAAUUUUAUUUGCAGACAAAGUGUAUACAUGAAAAUGGAUUUGGGGAGGAGGGAUAUGAUCUCUAAUUUUACUCCCUAUUUUCAAGAGGGUUUUGAGAAAAAAUUUUGGUGAAAUCACAAUUCCUAGAUUCAAUUACAAAUUGUGUUGUUCAAUAGACUUUUUUCCUCUAUUCUUUUGUGAUCAAAUAAUUUUUUGAAAAUUACAGAAUGUUAACACUGCGUGAACCUUUUAGAUUUACCUUAACUAUUAGUUAUACCACAAAGAUCCCAUCACAUCUGUUGUAUUUUUUUUUCCAAGGAAAGAACAACUUUUUUAAUUUCAUUUUUGUCUCAUCUGAAUAUUGGAAGGGAGUCACAGGCAGCAUUGUCAGCAUAAACAAGUUCCACAGGAUCAAUGACCUUUGACAGGUUGUGGUAUCAACAUAAAAAAAAAUUAACUAAGAUAAGAUUUGGACUUUUCAAAAUAAUUAUGAUUGUUUAACUCCAAAUUUCAUAAAACUGAAGUAUAAUGAUUGUCAAGUGUUGGCAAAAAGAUAAUUUUAAUUUCAAUGUCACAAGGCCAAUGUUAAAGGUCAUUUUCGGUCAGUAGACUUAUCAACUUCAAAAACUUAUCAAAGUCUAAGAUUUUGAAUUUUCAAGACAAUUUUGAAAUCUUAAGUCCUUAUUCACUUAAACCUGGAUAAUGGCAAAACAAUAUAAAAUUAUAUUGCUUACCAUUCUAAAAGGGUUUAUUAAAUGAAACUUAUAUGAGAUGGAUAUUGGAUAUCAUAAUUAUCAAAUGAACAAUGUGUUUCUUACUCAAGGUCAAACUCUGUUCAUAAUAAGUUGUAUUAAAAUGUAUCAUCUUGCUUAAGAUUGCUCGAAAAUGAUGGGUUGGAAAGUGUCUCGUUUUUCACAGCUGAGUUUCAUAUUAUACUUCCAAUUAUUAUUCCCAUACAUUUCAGCCAGUUUGCUAAUAUCACGCAAAAUGAUAAGAUCAUUGCCUUUGAAAACACAUUAAAUCGUCCAGUCAUUCGUGGAUUUUAUGUCAGAUAGACCUAUUCAAAACAUGAAUCUAAAUAACAUGUAUAAGUAGAGCAAAAUGAGAAUUAAAUGAAAUGAAUUUGAAAAAGGAAAAAUGCUAUUGUCACAAAAAUACAUAAUUUCACUAUUAACCAAGACUAUGUCUGUAUUCAAACCUUUUCAAAUUGCAAUUAAAUAGAGAUACACUAAAAAUACACUCUAAAAAUAAAAUGUUAAAUAAAAAAUUAAAAGGUUGUAGGAGUGACAACUUUUUCCAACCUUGCAUAAAGCUGAAUCCGACUAUUUAAGUGUUGGUUGAACCAUUCAAAGUGGUAAACGCAACAUUUAGAAAAGCCUGUCUCUCUUCCAACCUUUGAUUUGUGGAUUUAACAAUUCAUUUUUUUUUAGAGUGUAGAGAAACCAGGAGCGGGGGGGGGGGCAGAUAGAGAGGAAGAGAGAGAGAGAGGGGGGAUAUAAGUGUUUUUGAAUGGCAGCUUAUUUUAUGACGCGUGACGUCGGAACUUCGAAAAGCAAUUAACAAUAGUUCCUGAAAAUGCAACCUGGUACAAAGUCCGUCUCACAUGGACUGCAUGAAUUCACAUUGACAUUUUAUUCGUCAUUGAAGAGGAAAUAUCAAACAACUUUAUGAGUGCGCCAGUUGAUAUUAUACAUCUACUACAGACCAUUCUUUGAACCAUGUCUAAUUACAUUGGAUUGAAUGUUGGUGGAAAGAUAUACAGGACAUCUCGCACAACAUUGACCAGUAUACCAAGGUCAUUCUUUAGUUUAAUGCUUGAUGAAUAUAUGCCGUCUGCGAAGGAUGAAUAUGGCAACUACCUCAUUGAUCGAGAUGGGAACAUUUUUAGACAUAUUCUAAAUUUUCUGAGAUGCAAGAAACUCAUCCUUCCAGAAGGAUUCAAUGAGUUUCGUCUAUUGGCAUGCGAAGCUGAUUUCUUUCAGCUUGGCACAUUAAAGGAAGAAGCUUUGAGUGUAAUCGGCAGUUCUGAAAUACUCGGUCUAAAUGUUGGCGGGAAGGUCUACCAGACAACCAAGGAAACACUCAUGAGAGAGCCUAAUGGUUACCUUGCAACCAUCAUAAGUGAAAAGAAUCUAUACAAGUCCAGAGAUAAAGAUGGAAACUUUGGAAUUGAUCGAGAUGGAAAACUAUUUCGCUACGUCCUUAACUUUUUGCGUGAAGGAGCCUUGAUUCUGCCUAAAACAUGGAAUGAAUUCAAUCUACUGGUCAACGAGGCAUCAUUCUUCCAGAUUCCCGCCAUCUGCGAACACUUAAACAGUUUGAGAUAUUUUGGUGAAAACAAUCAUCAGGCAAUAUGCUUCUUCCAUUUUUACUCUUGGCAUGGUAAUUACGUAGCAUAUACGAGUCAGUACAAGCGUCGAUUAGAAGGGCUGUUUUCCUUCCGGUUAAAAUCUUGUAAAUACAUUGAAUCUGUAUUUGGUGUUGACGUAUUGUCUUUCACAUUGGAUGACUCGCUUGCUGGUGAGUCUCUGGAGUGGUUCUAUCCCAACAGUUCAGGACAUAAAUGUCGCAAAUGCCUCACGUAUCCAGAGAAAGAACAAGAUAUCAUCAACAUGCUUCAGAUUGCUAGGUACAGCAUCCACCGUUCUAUUAAUUUGAAUGAAGAAUCUACUAAAUAUGAAGUCACGAGUGCCCCUGAAGAAACAUCCAUGUAACUCCACACUAUACUGAUUAUGAACGUGGCUUCAAAAAUUAGUAUUUUGUCCAAUCUCGGCAGUCUCGUAGCGAUAGCUGAAUUUUCAGUCACUAUCAGGAUUAACAUUAGUAUAUCUAUAAAGAUUUUUCUUGUGUUCCCGAGCGGCGAAUCCAGCGUGCUUAUGAGCUUGGCUACACCACAUGACUCCCAUUUUCAGAAGAAAUAUAUUGGAGAAGAGAACGAAGAAGAUAGCGAGUUCGAUCAAAAUGACUUUUGUCUUUGACCACCGUGACUAUAUAAGGAAAGGAAUGAAAAAACGAAACAAAAUCUUGUUAAUCAGUUGAAACAUAUUGUAAAGAACUUAAUGUGUAUAUACCAUGGGAUACUAUGGGGAUACGUAUAACGUCGAAAUUAAAAAAAAAAGGAUGAUUAGAAUUUAUUAUUCAACUGCAUUUGGUUUUGAUCAUUGAUUGUAAUUAUCUAACCAGUGAUAUAAUUUACUCCAGUGUAUAAUUUAUUUAGGUAGGCCUAUUUAGAUAAUUUAAUUCACAUCGUCCAACCAUAUAUGCUUUAUGAUUAGAUCGAUUUCCACUUCUUCCACGAACAUGAAUAGUGCGUCCUGUAAUUAACCACACUUUGAAUUUAAUGCAUGUUGGGGGAUUUUUGCGUUACAAGACAAAUGUGUUCAUUAUUAUGCUUGACAAGCUUUAACAAAAGGGAAUGCUCUCCUUUAUUGAAUAUGGUUAUGCUUGGAUGGUUAUCAAGAAUUCGAUUGUGCCAAAUACAAUUGAUGAAGGUUCGAGUCAACCUUUUCUAUCAUGUUUGUUUGAAGAUUUUCAUUUUGAAAAAAAAUAUACAAGAAAUUCCUUUUUUACUUUUUCUGUUCUGAAUAGGCAAAUCGUAUUUCAAUAAUACUUUUCCUAUUAUCAUAUGUUGUUUAACAUAAUAUGUGAUAUAUUGCUUUGACAAAGGUUACUAUUGACUAGGGCUAUGUGGAAGAGGAAAGAAUGUGUUUUCUUGAAAUAUACCCUGUAAUAAUAUUAUGACUUGAAUAUUAAUAUGGAUGAAUGGGGGGGGGGGGUGUGGGUGUGUUGACGGGUGUUACAUGAUUUGUUAAUCUGUUUGUAACAUACACUCAACUUCAAAGCGGCGGGGGAUUAGUCCCUACUAUGUUUCCAUGCAAGCACGGAAGAAACAACCAGGCAUAUUAUCAUUACACUCUCUUAUAAAGUUCUUGGGUCAGGCGAAAGGUACCCCUUACUGCAGACGAGAACGCGCAUGGUUGCCCCUAAGCUGGACCGGAAGAGGAGGGGCUUCGCAGCAAAUGGAAACUAAAACCGGCUAGAUUAAUAAAAACAAAUUUUUUUUUUUUUUAGUUGCGUAGCGAGAAGGCGGGGGGGGGGGGCAGGGGGAAAUGCCCCGGACGGCACUUUCACGGGGCGUGAAACAUAAAAUGAAAACAACUAAUGAAGACAAAUAAUUCGAAGAAUAGAUAUGCAUAAAAGCUAGUUUGAGGCUCCACUGUACAUGUAAAAAUUAAAAUCUGGCCUCCAUGCCCAGUUGCAUGAUCCCUCUCAGAACCUUGUAAAUAAAAAUAAAAUAAGACGGCUAAAUUUAAAAGCUGUAUGUGCAUCUGUCUCAUAAAUAAGCCUAUAAUGCCUCUCGUAUAUUAUAUAUGGCCUAGCAUAUAAAUUAUGAAGCGUUUUAUUCCAAAAGGAGCUUAAUCCACUUUUAGCGUUUUUCUGUAAAUCAAGUUUUUUUAAUUCACCACUUUCCCUUAUCCACUGCUGUUUUAUUUUGACAGUUAUCAUCUUCGAUUAAUUAAAUUAUGUCUCUAUUUUUUUUUAAUUUAAUAUCAAUAUCAAAGAUUUUUUUGAAACUUUAUUUUUGAUGGAUUUAGCUUCUUUUGGAAAACCUUUGUUGAAUGUCCAUUUUUGCCAAUUUAAACAUCUUUAAUAUUGUAGUUUUGUGAAUUGAACACGAAAUACAUAAAUAUUGCUAGCAGAGUAGGCUACAUUUUACAUCAUAUCUGAUGUCUAUCCAUUGAAAAAUGUAAAAAGGAAAAAAAAAACAUAUUUUUUCAUCUUUUCUAAGGACAGUUACUUUUCGAUGUUUUACUCCCAAAUGAGCUUAAUCAAAAAAAUAUUUAAAAAAUAGUAAACUUCUGUAAUUGUCAUCAAAAUUUGUACAGAUUGUGUGAACUUGUAUCCACAACAUGCAGGUGACAACAUGUACCUAAAAAAUUGAAUGCAUAACCUAAUGUUAGGUAGUAAAAUUAACAAAUUUUGAAUUACCCGGUUGUGGAUUUAACUCCUUUUGGAAUAAAACUGUGUUGGAUUUAUCUCCUUUUGGAAUAAAACUAAAAUUUGCAAUCAAUAUUUACCAACCUUCCCAUUUUUUUUUAAAUGCGAUAAGAUACAUUUCAUUCCCAGGUCUAAAAUACGUACAUCAACAUCUACAUUUUGAUUAUAAGUGGAUUUAGCCCCCUUUUGGAAUCAAGCUCUUCAUAAUUUAUGUUGUAGGUCUGUAAGUAUUUGCCCCUCGUAGUCUUUCUUGAGGGGCGUCCUUUUUCAAGCCUUUGUGCUUAUGACUGUCCCCUCCCAUGCAAUGAUUGUUUAUUGUUAUUUUACCGUGAUAUAUUUUCAAUAUAUUUUCUGUUGUAUGAUUUAUCUUUUGCAUGGAAAUAAAGAAUCAAUCAAUCAAUCAAUCAAACAAGCCGAAGGUCAAUCAUUUGAGAAAAAAAAAUUAACAUCUCAUGAGGACGGUAUUUAGAUCAG